AACUCUCACUGUCAGUCAAUGAUUUCUAAUUAUUGCAGAGCAGUAUUUCCACCGUAUCCACUUCCUCAUUAUGGCAAUUCAUUACCCCCUAGAGUAUCUGACCGUGACACUAAAGGCAGGUGUCAACAAGGAAGUUUGCUAGUAAGUGACCUUAUUUUGUUAAUGAGUAACAGAUGAGCUGUUAGUGUUCAGAUCAGCCUAUAAGUAUGCUGUGAUAACACGGAGUCUGUGUAGAGGAAGAUGAUCCUGGGGCUUUGCAGAAAAGAUUCAAAAGAUUCACCGCAAGCUGCAGAAGUGUCUCUGGAGGACGAUGAAGUGCAAAACUGACUGCAUCGAAAGGCCUCUGUCUCUCGUCUUUGAAAAACUCGGCCGUCUUAUUGGGAGACAUCCAGGUGUGUUUGUCUUAUUAAGUUUAUAUGUAGCUGCCGCCCUUGGAGCAGGGUUCAUCUUCCUUAAAGAAAUGGAGGAAAACGAUAUCGAAGACCAGUUCACACCUGUCAAUGGACCUGCCAAGCGGGACAGAGAGAUCGUGGCCGAACACUUCCCUCAAUCUGAUGAGUUUUCCCAGUUAAGGCUUAUUUCUGAAGGCACGUAUGCCUCUUUAAUCAUCACAGGCUUACAAGGAGAAAAUAUAUUAACUAAAGAAGCUUUCAAAGAAAUCAUAGAGUUAGACAGACAAGUGAAAACUUUACCAAUAGGCAACACCUUUGAGAAGCUCUGUGCUAAAAUAGAGGGAAACUGUGUGUCUAAUGCAGUUUUAGACAUUAUUCGUUACAAUGCUGCUGACAUAGAUACUUUGGCUAUAACAUAUCCGAUCAACGCUGGCACAUUUUUGGGAACAACCAUCGGUGGUGUUGAGCUAGACCCAAACAGCUCAGUGCUGAACAGCGCCAAAGCGAUCAGGCUUUUUUAUUUCCUAGAUGAGGAGAAGACCAAGGAAAACACAGACUGGCUUGAUGGCUUUAUACAGUUCUUCUCUAAUGGCACAGACCAGGGAACGGUCAGUGUGUCUUACUUUACAUCAGUGUCAAGACAGAAUGAGUUUGAGGCCAAUUCAGACUCUGUGAUCUCUCUGUUCUCCAUCACAUACGCCCUGGCCAUCAACAUUGCAGUUUUUUCUUGUUUGAGGUUAGACUGUGUCCGGACGAAGGUGUGGGUGGCCCUAUUUGGCGUGGUCUCCGCUGGUAUGGCCGUGUUGGCAAGCUUCGGUCUGCUGUUGUUCUGUGGGAUGCCGUUCGCCAUGACCGUAGGCUCAGCACCCUUUCUAAUUCUGGGUGUCGGUGUUGACGACAUGUUCAUAAUGAUCUCUAGCUGGCAGAAGACUGCGGUUGAUAAAGACGUAGAGUUCCGUUUAGGAGAAGCAUAUAAAGAGGCCGGCGUGUCCAUCACCAUCACCACGCUGACGGAUGUGCUGGCCUUUUACAUCGGGCUGCUGACUCCCUUCCGCUCGGUGCAGUCCUUCUGCAUGUACACCAGCACUGCUCUGCUCUUCUGCUACCUCUUUAACAUCACCUUCUUUGGAGCGUGUCUUGCCCUGAACGGACGGAGAGAGAAAAGUAACAGACACUUUCUGACAUGCAUGACGGUCCCAGAAGCCAGCAGUAAUGCUGUAAGUUGUUGUGUUGGUGGGGUUUUUGAUGAAAAAACACGCAAGGAGCAUGAAAUGCCAAUGGAAGUGUUCUUUAAAAAAUAUUAUGGCCCUUUUCUGGCAAAGGUGUGGGUUAAGACGCUCGUGUGUCUGAUCUAUGCCGGAUAUUUAGCUGUCAGUAUCUAUGGAUGCUUCCAAAUGGAAGAAGGUCUAGACCUGAAGCAUUUAGCAACAGACGGCUCGUAUGUUGGAGAUUACUAUGACAGAGAAGAUGAAUUCUUCUCUGCGUUUGGUCCGAAUGUCAUGUUAGUCAUCAAAGAUGAGCAUUUUCAGUACUGGAGCCCUGAUGCUCGUAAAAGUCUUGACUUGUGUUUGGAAAACUUUGGAGAUCUGACGAUGGUAGAUUCAGAGAUUCCACCUACUUCUUGGCUUCAUGCAUACAUGCAGUUUGGCCAGAGUGCUCCUUUUGAUUUAAACAAUGAAAUGAUAUUUAAAACUCAAUUACCUGCAUUUCUUAAUCGCUCAGAGUUUAGCCACGAUGUUCAUUUCACUGAUAAUCAUAUCAAUGCAUCACGCAUGUUCAUUCAAACGGUGAACAUCAAGACAGCGAUUGAUGAGAAGGACAUGUUGAAUGCGUUCAGAGAAACUGCAGACAAAUGUGGGAGGUUGGAGACGCCUGUUGAUCUGAUCGUGUAUCAUCCCGCAUUCAUCUAUUUCGACCAAUAUGCCAUCAUCGUCAGUAACACAAUCCAAAACCUAGUAGUUGCUACAUGUGUGAUGCUGGUCAUCUCUCUGCUGUUGAUCCCGAACCCUCUCUGCUCGCUCUGGGUCACCUUUUCCAUCGCAUCCAUCAUCGUAGGAGUGGCCGGCUUCAUGUCGCUCUGGGGCGUCAGUUUAGACUCCGUGUCUAUGAUCAAUCUUGUUAUCUGUAUUGGCUUCUCUGUGGACUUCUCUGCUCACAUUUCCUAUGCCUUUGUGUCAAGUGAAAAGUCCUCAGCGAAUGAGAAAGCCACGGAUGCUCUCCAUAAGCUGGGCUAUCCCAUCAUUCAGGGAGCCGUGUCCACCAUCGCAGGAGUGGUGGUGCUCGCUGCGGCUAAAAGCUACAUCUUCAGGACCUUCUUCAAAAUCAUGUUGUUGGUCAUACUCUUUGGGGCCCUGCAUGGCAUCUUGUUCUUACCUGUGUUCCUGAGCUUCCUCGGCAUUUGUAGCAACAGUCGUGUGAAAGAUAAACCAGAGCAGAAGGACACCAGUGAACGGAGAGUAAAAGUAUUCAGGAUUCCGGCUGUGCAACACCUGAAAGGAUAUUCUGCUGAUCCUGACUGUUUUUAACUGGACUGAAUGUGCUCUUGUGCUGUGACACGUGUGUUUGUGUGUGUUCAACCUGUAGUGGACUGGCAAUUCAUCCUAGAUUUUACACAGCCAACUGUUGGAGACGCUGGCAUUGGAUCCAGCAACCCUGAAUAGUUUCCAAACUUGACAGAAGAACAAUUUAAUACAAGCUUUGCUUUAUAUGACAUUUUGAUUUGACCAAGAAGAUUCUGAAAAAUUAUUAUUGUUAUUGUGUUUGGUUCAUAUGCAUUAAAUAUAUACAUGUUCUGUGUAUUUAUAUUUCAAUUCAGUUAAUCUUUUAUGCCUUUCUAAUUCUUUUGCUCAGUGUGAUUUUUUAUGUUGCUGUUACAUUUAAUAAGCACGUAUUACAUUUAAUAUAAACCUUGUUACUGGAAAUUUAUGGUUGAUAUUAAAGGAUCUUGAUAUCAAUAUAAUUGUCAUUGACGUGAGUGAUUUAUUGCAGACUACCUGCACAAAUGCAGAAACACCCCUGCUUAUGCUCUCUCUUGCUUAUUGUAAGCUGGAUAUCAUGUGAGAAACAUGGGCAGAAGAAA